UGUUCUGUUCCCCCCCUGCUCUGAUCUGCUCAGCCAUGGCCCCUCUUUUCUUCUUCCCUGUGAUGAUGCUUUCCAUCUCCAUCUUUUCAAUCUCCGCUCUUCCUCACUCUCUCAAUCAUCAACACCAACAGCAAUUGCUCUUGCAAUUCAAAGAUGCCAUUUCCCACAAUCACACUUCUCUGCUCGAUUGGAAUCCUCAUAGACCCCUCUGCAAUUGGUCUGGUGUUACCUGCGAUCUCUCCUCUCACUCUGUGAUUGCCCUCAAUUUAUCCCACAUGAAUUUAGAUGGCACCAUCUCUUCUGUCAUAGGGAAUCUCUCUUCUCUUCGAUCCCUCGAUCUCUCUAACAAUGCCCUCACUGGUCACAUUCCACCUCAACUCGGCCAACUUUUCCGUUUGGAGAAACUCUGGUUGUACCGCAAUCAAUUACAAGGAACGAUUCCCACCUUUUUCUCCGCUUGCCGGAGUUUGUAUGACCUGGAACUCUCUCAUAACCAACUGCGUGGAAGCGUUCCGCCAGAGUUGAGUCGCCUCACACGUCUGAAGUAUCUUUACUUAGGAGGAAACAAUCUCACAGGUACCAUUCCCCAUUCCUUAGGAAAUCUCUCCGCUUUAGCUGAAUUGUAUUUGGGAGACAGUGAUCUCACGGGUACCAUUCCCCAAAUCUUGGGAAAUUUGUCUGCCUUAGUUAUAUUGGAACUGGACAAUAGUCAUCUCACAGGUACCAUUCCCCGUGAAUUGGGCAAGCUUACUCAUCUGCAGGUUCUUCUCCUUUUUAAGAACAACUUAUCAGGCACCAUUCCCACCUCUUUAGGAAAUCUCUCUAAAUUGAGAGAUUUAGAAUUAUCAUACAAUGAACUCACAGGUACCAUUCCCCGUGAAUUGGGCAUGCUCACUCACCUGCAGGUUCUUUACCUCUGGAAAAAUAACUUAUCAGGCACCAUUCCCACCUCUUUAGGAAAUCUCUCAAAAUUGUCUGAGUUGGAAUUGCAGGAAAAUAAUCUUAUAGGUACCAUUCCCCGUGAAUUGGGCAUGCUCACUCAUCUGCAGAUUAUUUAUCUUUAUAAGAAUAACUUAUCAGGCACCAUUCCCAGCUCUUUAGAAAAUCUCUCAAAAAUGAGAGAAUUAGACUUGUCUGAAAAUGGUCUCAUAGGCCCCAUUCCUCCUGAAUUGGGCAUGCUCACUCAGCUUAAAUUGCUUCAUCUUUUCAAAAAUUACUUAACAGGAACCAUUCCGAGCUCUUUAGGAAAUCUCUUAAAAUUGAGACAAUUAGCCUUUUCAGAAAACCAGCUUAGUGGAAAAAUACCAGAUUCUCUCGGUAGCCUUCACCAGCUAAGACGUCUUUAUCUACGUCACAACAAGUUAACAGGGGAGAUCCCUGUUAGUUUAGAAGGUUGUUGGAUGUUGGAGAGGCUUCACUUAUCCUACAAUAAACUAUGGGGAAGGAUACCUCGUUGAUUCACUGAGUAGAGCAAGCUUUGCACUCAAAGAACUAUAUUGCUCCAGGGCAGGGAUUGGACUGGAUGUUUCUAUGAAAGAAGAUGGUUAUACUUAUAGCUAUAGAAUCCUGAUAUUAGAGAUGGUUAUAAGAAUCUGAAAGAGGCCAAGCAAUAACAUGUUUGUGGGAGUCAUGAACUUGCAAAAGUGGGUAGGUUAGCAUUUUCAAGUAGACCAGCAGCUAUUGUUGACAGCGCGCUAUAGAGAGAUGUCAAGGAAAACUACUACUACUUUUGUAAAUGUUUAUAAGUUUAUAAAGAAGUUUUAGUCCUUUAUGUUUGCUAGUUUCAAGUUUGACUUCCAUCACAGGCUUUUUAGUCUUCUUUGAGAUUGUAAGCUGUUCCAAUUAUGUGUAUGCGUUAUA